GCCUGAAGUGCCAGAGGUGCCUGGACACUUGGCUAGUGAACACAGAUCACUGUUGGAUCUGUUUGUGUCUGGAUUUCUCUUUCGUUGCAGGAUCAGUCUUUGGAAGGAAUGCUUUUGUCCUAAAAAAGGGUUUGCUCAGGGUUUAAAGCAAGGAAGGACAUGGCUGACAAGCAUGUAGACCAAAGUCAUGGCUCUGAUUUUACUAAAAGGCUUAAGUGUGGGCCAGCUGAGGUGUAGUUUCUUCUGGUCUUGAGUUAGUUACUCAUAACAGGGUGUAAUGAACACCUAUGACUAGUUGGAAGGAGCUGUGUUACUUGCAAUGCCUGGACAAUUUUGGAUUGAUUUCUCUAUAACCCUCAGCUGCUUUGAGUAAUCUAGCUUCUUAUCCGACACCAGGACCUUAAUACACAAUAUUUGGUUCAUACUGCUGUUACUUUCGUGGCCAAUUCCAUUUGUAGUGUGCCGUUGCAUCGGACUUAGAUUUGUACGUUGUUUGUACCAUUUGCUUAAUUAGAACAACUGAGUUAGGAAUUGCAGAAUAACAUUAUAUAUUUAUGUGUUCUAAGUUCAGUAGUUAUUCAGAUCUCAGGCAAUUUUAAGAUGUUAUCUGUAGCUGCCAAGUAAUUUGCUGUACAGACGGAUGACUGUGGGUUUCUUCUCUGUUGAAAGCUGAGGUGGGGUGAGAAGAAGAAUGUAGGCAGAAUAGCAAUAUAAUUAGCAGGUUGUUAUGUUUAUUUAUAAAAGGUUAUUCAUGUGCCAUAGGCACGUAGGGAGGAGAUAUCUGUAGUCUGAAAGAGUUUUAAAAAUAUAACAACAACAAAAAAAGACAACAGCAAAAUGCUUUUGAGAACGAUAAUUAGUAGAAGAUAGGUAAGAAGCUUGUAUCUGUACUUUUCUGGUUGAAGAACUUCAGAUCUGGCCCGCUUCAUUUGUUUGUUUUUGAGCUUACUGUCAAUGGAAAGAUAAGCAUAGUGCGACUGGCGAGAGAAAGAAGCCGUGAAUGUCUAGCUGGGUUUUUAAUUGAGACAAAUAUUCCAAAGACUGGCUGUUCUUGGCAGGAGGGUGUGGCAUGUUACAUGUUUAUUAUUUUUUUUUUUAAUUAAAACUAUAUUGACUGCUCGGCAUUGCAGGGUGGAGGAAGAAGAGUUUUGAAUGAAAGGAGUUGCCAGGAAAUAACAAUGUUAUGGUCCAGCACUUCCGUGUUGAGGCAUUUGAAGAGACGUUUGUAAAUGUCUCCAGUUAAAAAACAAAACAUCAGCAACAAACCCCACGCAUCCAGAUCCGCACCCCAGCAGAAGAAAGGGCAGAAAGCUCUUCCCCUGUGUUUCAGCUCUGCACAAAAAGAGCUGUGUUCUUUUGGGAAGCUGAAAAGGAGCCGAAUUCCAGCUAGCAUUUAAACUUGGCCUGCGGUACUGUAUGGCGUUUGUAGUGUUGGCUGAGGACAAAAUAACAGGAAGUCCAGAAAAGUUUAGCGUGCCACAUUAACACAGCUAUAACUCGACUGCAUUAUACUGCUGUGUAAGUUGUCUGAAAAACAGCUAAAUCCUGUUUUGUCAGAAAGUGUGUAGAUGUUUCCUUGGGAAUCUACUUCAAUGUGGGCUUCGCGGUUUUGUUGUAAACGGGAAUUCCCAGUUUCUGUAUUGAUCUUACAUGUUUCUGUUUCAAGGGCCCAGUGGUUAUGAUCGCUUCUGCCUUGCCAUCCUCAUCUGGUGACUUGUGACUCUUCACCAAUCACGGCGGAAUCCGUCAAGCCCACACUCUGCAGGGUUGUCAUCUACCUACAGAAGGAGAUGUCGGGCGACACGUGUCUAACCUCUGCCCUUUGUCCAGCUGCAGGGCCCAAGCCCAAAGCUUGCAGCUUCAAAGGGGGCAGCCUCGGUAACAAGUACGUGCGCCUAAACGUUGGGGGCUCUUUGUAUUACACUACAGUACAAGUACUGACCAGGCACGACACAAUGCUUAAGGCCAUGUUCAGCGGCAGGAUGGAAGUGCUCACUGACAAGGAAGGCUGGAUCCUUAUAGACCGUUGUGGGAAGCACUUCGGAACAAUUUUAAACUAUCUCCGAGAUGACACAAUUGCACUUCCAAAACACAGACAGGAGAUCAAAGAGUUGAUGGCAGAAGCCAAGUAUUAUCUCAUUCAGGGGUUAGUGGACAUGUGCCAAGCAGCCCUGCAGGACAAGAAAGACUUGUAUGAGCCUGUCUGUAGCAUCCCUAUUAUCACAUCUCCAAAAGAAGAAGAGAGACUGAUAGAAUCAUCAAUGAAACCUGUUGUUAAGCUGCUUUAUAACAGAAGCAACAACAAAUACUCCUAUACCAGUAAUUCAGAUGACAACUUGCUGAAGAACAUAGAACUGUUUGACAAACUCUCUCUUCGAUUCAAUGGCAGAGUUCUUUUCAUUAAGGAUGUUAUAGGGGAUGAAAUCUGCUGCUGGUCUUUCUAUGGACAGGGUCGGAAACUUGCUGAAGUCUGUUGUACCUCUAUAGUGUAUGCUACAGAGAAGAAGCAAACCAAGGUUGAAUUCCCUGAAGCACGAAUUUAUGAGGAAACACUAAAUGUCUUACUAUAUGAAACACCACGGGUUCCUGAUAACUCUCUGCUGGAAGCAACAAGCAGGAGCCGAAGCCAGGCAUCUCACAGUGAGGAUGAUGAGGGUUUUGAACUUCGUGACCGAGUGCGACGAAUCCAUGUGAAGAGAUACAGCACCUAUGAUGACCGUCAGCUUGGCCACUAGCAUACCAGUUGAGGAGAAAGGGUUUGGUGUUCAAGGCUUGUAUCGAUAUUCUUUGAGGGAGAUCAGGAAGGAGGGGAGGGAUCAUUUGGACUCUGUGGAUUGAUCUUCAUUUGGCUGCUUGGCUCCCUAGAGAAGCAAAUGGGCAUUUGUGCGCACAAAGCAACACUAAAGGCCAAGGGCUUUGAGAACUAAGACGUUAAUUUUGCACCAUGUGCUUUAAAUACAGACUGGGCCCCCUUUUCAUGCCACAUGAGGAAUGGAAUCCAGAACACGGACUCUGACAGUUUGUGGUUGCUCUUUCAUAUCUAAUGACUUGCCAGUUUUCUUACUUCCUGUGAGAAGAACUGCUUUUCCUGAAUGAGGUGGCAUGAUUUGAAAAUCUUUUUCCAGAUACCUGCCCUUUAAGGGUUCUGUAUAAUGGAACUUUCCAGAUUUUAAAUCAAGAUACUGCAGAGGGGGUGGAGAGAACUUGAACAUGACUACUCUUAGCAAACACUACAUCUGAUAACCCCCAGAAGAAAUGUUUUAGCUAUCCAGUAGGCAGAUGCACUGCACAUGUGAUUUCUUCCACCUCUUUUCCCCCAGUACACAUACAAGUUUUGUGUUCCAAGAGUCUUUAAAACUCAUUAAUUCUAAGGCAAGCUCUUCCAAAGAGGUAAGAGUCAAGUCAUCAAAAUCAAAAAACCUCUCCUUGUGAAAAAUAACGAAAACUUUGAGAAUUUAAAUAUACAUGUAAUGACUUGUCUUGGGAGAUGGAGAAAUGGGUAUGGUGAAGGAAGCAACUUCUUCAAGUAAGAAAACUCCAGGACUAGAUUGUGGCAGGGUCGCCACUGUUUCGGCUUUUGAUAGUGUAAUCCUGUUUAUAUAAACAAUGGCAAUCUGGUGAAUUAGUUUUACGUUAGUUUCCUCCUGUGGCCCAAAAGUGCUACUUGACGUUAAAUUUCUCAAGCAGCGGGGAAAAAAUUGCAGUGACUGGGGAAGUACAGACUAAACAUUUUACAAGGCUAGAACAUACUGAAGGGUAAAUUCAAGUUUUGUGCUUAAAUCCUUUCUAGAGCACAGCAGUUGGAGAGGAAAGAAUAGUCAUAAAAACCUUGUUGUAGCAUGAAACUGCGAGAGGCUUUGGACAGAGGAGAGAGGUAGCUUAUGCUGAAUUUUAAACUGAAAUAAUCACUUUUAUGCUAAGUGCUUCCCUGGGUGCUAGUCGUAAAAGGCCUUUCAGAAGGUUGGAGUCAAGGCUGCUCUGCAAAUUUGGGAAUAGUUUCAAGUUUAGUAUGAAGAGCUGUUACUGUACUUUUAAAUGUUUGCUUGUAUGUUUCAGCUGUAGGUUGCAGAUUCAAAUUUUAGCACAGUCAUAAACAGUUAUUACUUGAUGGCUGUUCACUGGCAGCUAUGGCUGUGUGACCAUGGUGCAGCAUACUCCUUAACUGCUUCUAUGUUCUCAUACUGUAUAUGAACAUGGAAGCUUCAGGUCCCCUGAUGGUCAGUCUUUAACUGCUCUGACCAGUGCCAAACCUACCUUUAAGUUUUAAAGCAAAUUACUGCAAAAGCCUGACAAGAAAAUAAUCCCAAAUUAAUACAGUGAAGUCAUAAGUAGAAUUAAGAUGUUUGGUGGUUGGUAGUAAUAGAAGCACGAGAGGGAACAAAAAAAAUAUUUCCACUCAUUUAGGCUUUUCAAAAGGAAAUUGUUGAGGCUUGGUAAGAGAACACUAAUGGCUGCAAAUGUUCAGAUUUUAUUGCCUAGCCAGGCCUCUACAUGUGGCAGGCGUUCACUUAAUUCUCACAUUCAGGAAGUAGUAUUGCCACAGUAAUGCACCUGCCUUUUUGUGAAAGGCCUCUAAAACCCUAACCACCUCUUUUCUUAUAUUGUGUUCUGUAAAUUGUUUUCCAGCUGGUUUUUCUAUUGUGCCAGUCAACAUACAGCUGCUGAGAUUAGUUUUGACAAAGAUUUUUGUGGUGGGGUUUUUUUUCUGUAAUUCUGCUAGUGUGAUACAGAUUUAUUUUUUUUUUCUUUUCCCCUCCACUCAUACAGUGGGUGCAUUGAAACUACCAGCAGAGCCUGUAGUGAUAGGGACUUUGUGCUGUGCUUAAUGGCUUCAAUUUAUUCUCUUGUACUUUUUUUUCAUCUUGUAACAAAUAAGACUGCCAAUUUGUGUGUGGCACUUCUUUUUCUUAGAAAAUGAAUUAUUUUUUUCUUGUUACUAUCAUAGUUAAUGUUAACAGAUGAAGGAAGUGAUGCUGGUAGCCUUGCAAAACUGUGUUUAAAAGAAGUUGCAAGAAGAAAACUGUCACCUCUGCAUUUCUUCUCUGGGGAGUACAGGUAUAGGAAAGAGUGUGUGAGAGUAAAUAUCAGAUCCGUCUGCUAGUUCAGAGGCUUUCAUUUCGUGGUUGGAUUCUGUACUCCCAGGAUUCAUUAAUGAAAUAGAUUCAAAUUGUGAAUUAGUAUGCUGUAAGAAGCAGAGAAAAGCUUAUGUUUUGGUUUAUUUGGCUUUCUUUUCCCUGUCUCCCAUAGCUACAAGCAGUAUUAAUGUCUGAUUUGAAUUUGAGUUAAAUUAAUCUUGGAAAAAAAAUAUUUUGAGAACCAUCUCGGUUGUGAGAAUCUUAUAAAAAGUGCAAAAUAACUUCUCAGUAUUUGUGGAUUAGUAAGAACUGUAAGCAGUUAUGAAUGUUUUUCAAAUAUAUACAGAUACCCUUUUCAUUUCACCUCCUUCUCUCAUCCCCAUUCAUUCUCCCUUCCCUACCCCCAGCUAGUACCGAUCACAAAACAUCUGCUUGUAGAUUAAGAUAUGACUAGAACUGGAAUGACGUUAAACAGUGCUUGGCCACUGGGACUGAACACUGUUGGCAUGUAAGCUUUAUGCAGAGUAAAAAUCUAAUUGCAUAAACACUACUUCUGUCUAGUCAGAAGACAUUUCAAAACCAUGGUCAUGGUGUUCUUUGUCGUGGUAAGAUUUUCAGGAUGUGACUGAGGGAUCCCAGUUCAAUACCUGUGGUUGGGUUUGACUAGCAGUUCUGUAGUUCCCUCCACUGGUGGGCAGAUGGGAAUGAAGAACAUAACACACCUACACAGAGGAUUUCUUUCUGGGAAGUAUGCUAUUUGGACACGCUCAAGGCUAAAAUGAUUGUAGUAUUAGCUAUCCCCUCCCUAUAAGGCUGCUAUACUUGGGUUUCUGAUAAAGUCUGGAAUACCCAGUUAUUUCUUGCCUGAGUGCUUACAUAAUUGGAUAAUUGACAUGAAAUUUCAGGAAGUCUAAAUGUAGAUGUGGAUGCAGCCAUCACACAGUUCAUGAGUUAACGCUUUAAAGAGAAACUACAGUGUUCUAUCAGAGUCCUGCUUAUCUGGAACUGCUCCAAUACAGGAUGUUAAUUGAAUGUCCUUUCCACCAAAAUCAAGGCAUGUUGAUGUAUAGUCUCUGUACUACCAGGUUCUGAUAAUUUCAAAUACAGUAGUUUUGAUGUAACAUGUGCUUUGUAUUCUCAUCUUAAUCCUACUUAAUGAAAGGCUAUAAAUUGUUUUGACAAGAACAUUCUAGAACAUAUUUGUACAACAUAGUAUAAUGAAGAAAAAGCAGCACUGAAAAAGUAUAAUGCAGUUUUGAAAUGCAGCAUCCUCUUUGUAGUAAGCUGCUCACUUCUAGAGAGCGUGAAGAGCUGUGCUUCCUAAGAAUCUUCUCUGCUGGCUUUAAAUAUCACAAAUUACAAUCCCUAUUAAGAGAAUAUAGAUUUCUAAUUACAUGCAUUUGUCUGCAAGUUAAGAGGCUUGUAAUGGCUUCCUACGUAGACCAUCACCAACGGAUGUGUUUACUGAUGUGCCCAUGAAUUUGUAGUAGCCUUUAGGAGGGAGAAAUGCUUUUUUGCCUCAUUUGUAAUGUACGAAUUCUAACUACAUCAUCUAGCAUUCAUUAGCUGCUGGAGCUGUUUUUGAAACCUUACUGUCCUCUUUGCUCCAAAAUUCAAGUGAACUUCUGUGCAUUCAAUUAUAUUAGCAGACUGAGAGAAUGAAUGGAAGAUGUUAACUGACAUCUGUACUCAAGUACUGUAAUAAAGGGUUGCAUGUUUCCAUAAUGGGGUCCUAACAUACUGCAAAACAGCCCCAGUCUUUAUACAGAGGAGGAAACUCAGUGCCUUGAGCGAAUGUCUUAUGUCAAACAGCUUUUCAGUAUCAGUGUUAAUUAGGCAAUAAUGUCAAAAGAGAAUGCUCUGCAGGGCAGCAGCCUCCAACAGCUUGAUAAAUGCUAAGACAAAACUAAAUGUUUAACCUUCACCUUGACAUUUAGUUUUUGGAACAGGAGACAUUUAUCCGAUCAUAAUGUUCCAGUCUGCUGACUUUUUCUCUCUUGGGCUUCUUGGUCAAAAUAUAAAAUAUCUGACCAAGACUGGGAGGGCAUUGGAGGUGCUCAUACAAUGGUGUUAUUGAAAAGCUGUAUUCUGCUUGGAGCAGGCAAUGCUUAUUGUAGGCUUGAUUAGAUCUUUUAUUCUGUCGAGGUUUUUUAAUUUUCAGACAGAAUUCACUCUAGGAAAUACUGAUGAAGUAUACCUUAACUGAAUGUGUCUGGCCCAGCAGUCCCCAUCUUACGCAAUUAGAUUUUUAUCCUCUGACAAUCAUUGGCACUAAAUCUUCACAGCCAAAUUUCACACCAUCUAUUCUGUUAGGAGAACUGGGGUUUUAUUAAGAGAUGAGUGGGCAUGAGACCUGUUUCCAGCUUUGCCACUAACUUGGUGACGUACAGCAAGUCAGCUUAUCUGUAUGCACAUAAUUUUUCCUCAUCUGUAAUAAAAUGGUGGUAAGACCCUCCCCUACCUCAGAGGGAAGUUGAGAUUAAUUUGUUUAGCAAUAGUAAAGGAUUUUGGAUUUCUAUAAUAUUUUAUAUCCAGAGGAUAGCAAAUAUGUUUGCUGAUCUUGUUUAAACUGACGUUCUGUGAUCAAGCUGUUUUCUUAUAGCAUCAGGCUUUGUUUUAUUUUUAUGUCUAACUUUUAAGGGUCAGCCUUAUGGAUAAAAUAGUUAAUGCAGUAACCAUAUUAGCUAUUGAUUAAAGUUUUUUCUCUUUUAUCAGUGCAUUAAAUGGAAAUGGAACACUAAUUUUUAAUAAAGUGUUAUAUUUUGUCUUCUGUGA